UAACGGUAUUGCUUUGGACAACCCUGACACAAGUUUAGCUAAUUAUAAAGAAUUUAAAUGACUAAGAAACAGGAAAUGUGGCAUGUUGACAGCUACCUAGUUGCCAUAAUUACGUUCUGUAUAUGUGCUGUUAUUGGAGAUGAUACACAUAUACGAUAUAUGGAGGCACGAGAAGGGAGCAAUCUAUCGGUAGUUUGUAAUAUAUCAGACGGUAGUAAUGCGACAGUUUACUGGACUAAAAAUGAUACUCGUUAUACAUUUAAACCAGGAAAAUAUUUAAAACUCGAUCAUAUAAAACAAAAUAAUACGGGGUAUUACACUUGUCAUUCAUUGGAUACGUCACUUCCGGCUUAUAAUGGAACUGCAGCCGACACCAUCGUGGAUGUCAUCCAUAUAGUUGUACUAGAUGCCAAGCAAGUUGACAACCGUAACCAACGACCAAACGGGCAGGUGAAACAAGCUAAAUCAGCUAGUGACAAUUCAUCGCAUGACGGUGAUGAUGAUAAUAAGGAUGAUGAUGAUAACACAAAAACACAAACGAUUGUAGUGUUAACAUUAAGUGCAGUGGGAACAGUUGCUGUGGUUAUAUUUCUUGUUUAUUUGAUGAAAUACAGGCAACCAAGGAGAAAAAUAUAUAGUGUUAUGUUAUUUUAAUUAAAAUUAGGUUAUAUGUUCAAGCUAUGUAUUAUGUACGUUAUAUGUUUAAGUUAUGUAUUAUGUACGUUAUAUGUUUAAGCUAUGUAUUGUGUAUCUUAUAUGUUUAAGCUUUGCAUAGUGUACGUUAUAUGUUUAAACUAUGUAUUGUGUACGUUAUAUGUUUAAACUAUGUAAUUUGUACGUUAUAUGUUUUAGCUUUGUAUUGUGUACGUCAUAUGUUUAAGCUACGGAUUGUGUACGUUUUAUGUUUAAGCUAUGUAUUUUAUUGUGUCGUGUCAUUUGUUCAACAAUUUCGGUUUAAUUUUUAUUUCAUGGUGAUAUAGGAGUAUUUCCUUUUACAAGUUACAACAAAUACAUGUACAUGUAUAAUAAUCUAAUCUUAGUUUUUCUAAUAAAUGUACAAGUAUUUUUCAACAAAUGAUCAGACGUUUUCGUAUUAACGAACAAAGGGGGCUGGUGUAAUGGUCUCCGUCCAAUACUUUUGUUCUGAGCAUAGCUCAAAAUGUAAUAGAAAUUUGUAACAAUUUAAAAUUUUAUAAGACCGAAACAACCUUUCAAAUUUGUUUUAUUGCACUUGAAUAUCAGUUUCAGUUUUUUUAAUUAUAAUAAUAAAAAAAAAUGAUUGAGACAUCAACUUAAUAUUUCAUGAAGGUUGUCGCGAAGAUCGCGAAUAAUGAUGUUAUUUUUGUUUUAUUGUAAUGUUACUUGGGAAAUAUUGUUAUUGUUAAUGUUGCACCCGUAAAUAAAGUUUCAUAAAUAGUUAAUUACUCCGGAAUUUUAUUAUAUACAUAUAUUCCGACUUGUAUAGGCAUAAUUUCUACGUGAUUUCAUUUUUAUAUUGUUUUCCUACAUUUUUAUAUAUACACCACGUGUUAUUUGGAGGGAAUCCAUUUUGUUAAAAUUAUUUUUGAGCAGAGUUUAGUGAUAAGGUGGUGAUAUUUUGGAUAUAAUUUUUUUUCCGCAUUUUUGUGAAAAUGAUACUUGGAAUUUAAUUUAUUGGAAUGUCUAAAUUUUGUCUUAUGUGUUUCUAUUUGGAAUUAUUAAAUAUUCAUCAUCAAUUGGACUUACAAGUUCAAUCCUUAAAACCGAACUCUCAUAAAUAAAUUUCAGUGUAUGGCGGAGUUUUGUGCAAAUAGAAAUAUUCUCCGCCACAUAGGUGGAUAUAUAUUACUGAGGAGGAGUGCAGUAUAUAAAAAUAAUAACUCUACUUUUCAUAUUUUUAGUUAAUUCCCUUUGUUGUGUUUCAUGCCCGACAUUUUUUUCUGGAAAAAAACCUGUUAUGAAAUAAUGAUAUAAGGGUUUUUUUUUCAGUUGUAUCCUGAUACUCUGGAAAUAUCUAUAAUUAUGUUCGCAGAUGAUAUAGCAUAUGUAUCUGAUACUAUUUUUGGUCUUCAAAGCUUCCAGAAUUUUAUAAUCAAUAUAAACUUGUUGUUAACAUAGACAAAAUAAAAAUUAUGUUUUUUUUUUCAAAAUGGGGACAGUUGUCUAAACAUGAGCAUUGGCACUAUUCUGGUAAAAAAUAUUGAAGUUGUUAAAGGAUUUGAUUAUGAAGGUGUUCAUUUUACCAGCAAAUUAUCUACGUACAAAAUGGCAGAGGAUAUGUCUGUUAAGGCAAAAAGAGUGUUUCUGUACAUUUCAAGUUUUGUUUAGAACUACCAUAUAAUACUUUAUGAUAUUUUUUUCUAAAACUUUACGGCCUUUUCUAAACUUUUUGGCCUUUUCUAACCUUUUCGACCUUUUCUAAACUUUUCGGCAUUUUCUAUCAAUCUUCAGAUAAGGACCUCGAACACUAUAGGAACGAAUAUUAGGUGCAAACCUACCCGUAAAACCAAAACAUGAAAACAAAUAAUGAGUUGUUGACUACAUUUAAUCCUAUAUAUCAUAUAAAAGUCAACUUAAAUUAAAGUAAAUUUAUAGAUAUAAAAGAAAACAGUACAUUAUUCAUAUUACAUGAAUUUUUAUGUUUGUAGAAAAUGUAUACCUGUUGACAUUAAUUAGAAUGCGGAUAUAUGUGUACGUCAAUGGGCAUUUUUAAAUUAAUUAUGAUUGUUUAUUUAUCGAAAUAGACUUUAUUUUCCUUUUGGUGUUAAUCAUUAUACAAAUAUUACACCCUUUGUUUUUCUUUAUUUCUAGAGUCAAGUGGUAGAACUAUUUUCUUCAGGAUCAUAAUGGCUUAUACAAUUUAUUUGCUCUAUCACGUAACCACAAAGGGUUGAAGAACAUCUCAUCGUGGUUUUACAAAAGAUAUGGAAAAUAGAAUUGUAUAUAUAUCCAAUAGGAAGGAUACUUUAACAGGAAACGAAAAAUAAAGAACUGCAUUGUAUUAUUAAUCCGUAAUUAA